GAGCCAAGUUAACAAUUUCAUUCAACAACAUGCAGUCGGAGUGGUAGAAAGUGCUUCCGGUCUAGUGCGAUACGAGAAUUUCUAACGACAUUUUGAUUGAAAGAUAGCAGAGUCUCAAGAAUGUCUUCGGAUCGGUUUCACAAAGCCGCUAAAGAUGGGCUGCUGGAUGUGUUGGCGGCGGCUACCAGGAAGGAUACAAAUGCCAAGGACAGUGACUCUAUGACACCAGUGAUGUGGGCCGCCUUUGAGGGACGGCUAGAUGCACUGCGUCUGCUGUGUGGAAGGGGCGGUGACCCCGACAAAUGCGACCAGUUUGGCAAUACAGCCUUGCACCUGGCCUCUGCCAAGGGUCAUCUCCAUUGCGUUGACUUUCUCGUAAAGUUCGGUGUCAACAUCUACGCCUUGGACAUUGACAAGCACAGCGCCAAGGACUUGGCGGCCAUUAAUGGAAGGGAUGAAAUACUGCGUUACCUGGACGUAGCCACUGCCAACUUUGAGGCCAACGAAAAAAAAAAGUCCAAGGCUCUGAAGGAGGUGGCCGAGAAGAGUUGCGAGAAACGCGUUCGCGAGUACAUGAAGCGGCAACAGCAGCGCCCGGAUCCCGACUCUGCCGAUCACAGUCCACCUGGCGGAGCCAUCAAGUCGGGCAAUAUGCUCUCCACGCUCAAGCAGAAGAUCUGGUCCAGCCAAGGCAACCUGAACAAGCCGCCCAGGGAUCAUGCGCCUCCGCCACCAGCGGCCACAAAGUUCAGCGAUCUGGUGGGCAGCGGCAGCAGCAGUAGCGGCGGCUCCACAAUAGCCAGUCGAGCGGGAACGGUCCAAAAGCGACCAUCGCAGGUCCAGAAGCAGCACAGUAGCUCGUGUCCCCACUCGAAACUAGCCGACGGCGACGGGGACUUCAAGGUCCGAGAGCUGGAGCCAGAUGGCAAGCGAACCAUCACUUCGCUGAAAGGCCUGCAGCGGGAUUCCGAGGUGAUGUACGUGGGCACCUUCAGCUCCAACGAGGACAGUGUUGGCAAGCGCGGCAAGAUCAGCGAUGUCUUCGAGUGCUUGGAGGCCGAUGAGCUGGAUCACAACGAUCAACGCAGUGGCUACAGUUCAGCCUUGGCGCGAUCCUUCUCGCAACCGGACAUUCUGGGCGACGGUCCGUUGGCCCAGGAACUGAGCGAGGAGAUGACCCUGCAGCGACCCGUAGGACUCUUCGACAGACCCACCAUGUUGGGCAGCAUUGCCUUUAGGCGAUCAGUGACCGCUGCCCUCAGCCAGCUGCAACUGCACACGGACACCAGUUCCACGUCCACGAUGCGGCACGCGGGCAGUAAUCCACCAAAGCCGCGAACUGGUGGUGGCAAGGGCCGUCUGUACCUGAACAUUUCCGACGACACGGACUCCGAGGGCGGAGGUCAUGACAUCUAUAGCGACGACGACGACGAUGAUGAUCGAGAGUCGGCGGGCUGUGCCCUGCAGCGAUUCCUGGCUGUUUGGGCCUUGGAAGAGUACCUGCCAGUAUUUCAAAAGCAAGAGAUCGACCUGGAGACCUUGAUGCUGCUAACGGAGGCGGAUCUCAAGUCACUAGGCCUGCCACUGGGACCUUUCCGGAAGCUCACCUUCGCCAUCCAGGAGCGACGCAAUGCCCUGGCCAAUCCCGGCCCCCUUGUGGACAGUCGCUUGUAGUUUAUCAUCAAC